AUGGGGAUACACGUGGAUCCAGCUAAGAUCGACUCAAUCAGGAAUUGGGCAUCACCAAAGAAUCCCUCGGAGGUGCGUCAAUUUCUUGGUCUCGCUGGGUACUAUCGGAGAUUCAUUGAAGGCUUUUCAAAUAUCGCUCAACCUCUCACUGCUCUGACACAGAAGGGUGUAGUGUAUACUUGGGGAAUGAAACAGGAAGACGCAGUUAAGCUUCUGAAGCAAAAACUCUGCAGUGCACCGAUUCUGUCUCUACCUGAUGGUACCGAAGAUUUUGUAGUGUAUUGUGACGGCUCUAUUCAAGGUCUCUGUUGCGUGUGGAUGCAACGCCAGAAAGUUAUAGCUUACGCCUCUUGA